AUGUUUAUUCUCUACACAAUUUUUGGCAUUUUGUUGGCCACAAUAAUCACUUCUUACAUACGAAUACUCUACAAAACCCUGCGACGCGUGCGUGUACCCAUAAGUAGUGCGAAAUCUUCUGCAGAAAGUGUAAAAAUAAUCAAACAAGCGCCCGGACCCAAGCCCUGGCCCAUCAUUGGCAACCUCAAUGUGCUGGAUAAGUACAGGGACAAUCCCUUUGCGGGUUUCACGGAGUUGGCCAAGGUUUAUGGCGAUAUUUACUCGCUGACCUUCGGACACACACGCUGCCUGGUGGUCAACAAUUUGGAACUCAUUCGCGAGGUUUUAAAUCAAAAUGGAAAGGUUUGCAGUGGACGACCGGACUUGCGCUAUCACAAACUAUUUGGAGGCGAGAGGAGCAACUCGCUGGCGCUGUGCGAUUGGUCGCAGCUGCAGCAGAAGCGUCGCAACAUGGCCAGAAGGCACUGCUCACCGCGGGAAUCCUCCUCCUUUUACAUGCAAAUGUCGCAGAUUGGCUGCGAGGAAAUGGAACACUUUAUCCGGGAAAUAGACGCCAAGAUGCUGCCCGGACAGCCCUUCGAUGUGAAGACUUUCCUGCUGCGUGCCUGUGCCAAUAUGUUCAGCCAGUACAUGUGCUCCCAGCGGUUCGACUACGAUGACGAGGAGUUCCACAAGAUUGUGCUGUACUUUGAUGAGAUCUUCUGGGAGAUCAAUCAGGGACAUCCGUUGGACUUUCUGCCCUGGCUGCGGCCCUUCUAUCAGCGGCACUUGAACAAGAUUGUCAACUGGUCUUCGACCAUUAGGAAAUUCAUUAUGGAUCGCAUCAUCAGCCAUCGGGAACUGGAUAUUGAUGUGGAUGAACCAGACAGCGACUUCACGGACGCGCUGCUGAAGAGUUUGGUCGAGGACAAGGAUGUCUCACGCAACACGAUCAUCUUUAUGCUGGAGGACUUCAUUGGCGGCCACUCGGCUGUGGGGAAUCUGGUGAUGCUGGCGCUGGCCUACAUAGCCAAGGAUCCGCAGGUGGGCAGCAGGAUACAGGCCGAAGUGGAUGCCAUAACCGACAAGGGGCAGCGUCGCAUCAAUCUGCUGGACAUGAACCGCAUGCCCUACACCAUGGCCACGAUCUUUGAGGUGCUGCGGUACUCCUCCUCGCCGAUUGUGCCGCAUGUGGCCACCGAGGAUACGGUGAUCUCUGGCCAUGGCGUCACCGCUGGCACGAUAGUUUUCAUCAACAAUUAUGUGCUCAACAAGAGUCCAGAGAACUGGAUAAAUCCACAUCAGUUUGAGCCGCAAAGGUUCCUCGAGGAGUCCAACGAAGGCAGACGUGACUCGAGGGGUUCCGAUUCGGGCAUUGAGAGUGAUCGCAAGGAGUUCCAACUGAGGAAGAAUAUUCCACACUUUCUGCCCUUUAGCAUUGGCAAGCGGACAUGCAUUGGCCAGAAUUUGGUGCGAGGAUUUGGCUUCCUGCUGCUGGCCAACCUGCUGCAGAGCUACAAUGUGUCCAGCGAGGAUCCAUCCACAAUAAGCAUCACGCCUGCCAGUCUGGCGCUGCCCGCCAAGUGCUUUCCCUUGCUGCUGACACGCAGGACAUAGAUGGAUGGACAGGUGUGUCUCUAGGCAGUAUGAAGUUGUUUUUUAUAUUUGGCUAUAACUUGCAAAAACUUGGGAGCAGCGGCACAUCCUUAAAGGA